AUGACCACCACGCCGGCGGCGGCAGUAGCCGGGCUCUCGGCCGAGCCAGCCCAGGGACAGACUAUAGAACACGACGGCAAGCGAUACACGACCAUCAGAGAGGGGCUCGCGUACAUCUUAGUGCCCGAGGCGGCGGGCGAUGAGUCAGGCGAUGGCGCCAGCAAGAAUCCCGACCGGGCAGCAACCUCGGGCGAGGGUGCGCCGCAGACGGUCUUUUACAACCCGAUACAGCAGUUCAAUCGCGACUUGAGCGUGCUGGCGAUCAAGGCCUAUGGCAAGGUCGUCAUGGAGAAACGGAUGAGGCUUGCGCAGCGGCGAAUGGAGAUGUUUGCGGAUAAGAAGAGGAAGAGGCAGGAGAAGAGGGAGCACCGAGAGGAAGGGGAGAGGCCGCAAAAGGUUGCCAAAACUACGGAUGAAGGAGCUGCUGCGCCGGUAGAGGCCGCGGACGCAAAUUCUACGGCGGUGGCGGAGGAGGCCGGAGCAUCUGUCACUGAGCAGGAGGCACAGGCAGAAUCUGCAGCACCUGCUGAUGUGACUCAGGACAAGAUAUCGGAGACACCGGUGAAGCUGCCAAACGAUAAGACGCCACGUUUGAAGAUCCUCGAUGCGCUUUCGGCGACCGGGCUCAGGGCGUUGCGCUAUGCCCACGAACUUCCCUUUCCGACCAUGGUGACCUCUAAUGAUCUCCUCGCGGCUGCAGUUGAUUCUAUCAAGGUCAACGUGAAGCACAACAAGUUGGAAGACAGCAUCCGCGUGAACCAUGGCAACGCCCAAGGACACAUGUAUAGUGUCCAUGCCGACGAACUGACCAGGAGCAUGCUCGCGCCGUCUGGCAACAAACACCGGAGGCAAACACCUCAGGAACAGCUCAAUAACUUGGGCGGCAAGUACGACGUAAUUGAUCUUGAUCCGUACGGCACUGCGGCUACGUUCUUUGACUCUGCGGUGCAGGCGGUCCGGGACGACGGCGGCCUCCUGUGCGUCACCUGCACGGAUCCUGGCGUGUGGGCCUCGAAUGGCUACCCAGAAAAGGCAUACGCGCUGUACGGCGGCAUACCGAUGAAGGGCUUCCACUGCCACGAGGCCGGCGUGCGUUUGAUUCUUCAUGGUCUCGCUUCAUCAGCCGCUCGCUACGGUCUGGCGAUCGAGCCGUUGCUGUCGCUCUCGAUCGACUACUAUGCGCGCGUUUUUGUGCGCGUCACCAAGUCCCCGGCCGCCGUCAAGUUCCAGGCGGGCAAGACCAUGGUCGUCUACAACUGCGAUGUCGGAUGUGGAGCUUGGGAGACGCAGCUACUUUUGAGGAACAGGCCGAUGCCCAACAAGAAGGGUGGCGGCAUCUUUUAUAAGCACGGCUUUGCACUGGGUCCUACGACAGACAAGGUCUGUGGACACUGCGGCACCAAGACGCACCUAGCUGGACCCAUGUACGCCGGGAGGUUACACUCGCCCGAAUUUAUACAGUCGAUUCUUGACGACCUGCCGAAUGCAUCAACCGAGGUUUAUGGCACGACUGAUCGCAUCAAGGGGAUGCUGACUACGGCGCUGGAGGAGAUCAUGGAUCCCAGACCCGAGGACAGGGAAGCGAUUCCCAAGAAACAUAUCCGACAUGAGCAAGAGGUCGCAGAGGCCAACAAGUGCCAACAGGAUGAGAAGACAAACGGCGAAAAGAUCACCGCGCCAAAGCUCAGCAAAGAGGAGAGGCUGGCCGAGAUUGAGCCGUACCCAUUCUUCUGGAGCCCGUCCAUGGUGGCCAAGGUGCUGCACUGCCAGACGCCCAACGAGGACGCCAUCAGGGGUGCGCUUAAGGGCCUCGGGUACCGGGUGACGCGCAGCCAUUGCAAGCCCGGCAGCGUCAAGACGGACGCGCCGUGGUCGGUGGUCUGGCAAGUGAUGCGCGAGUGGGUGCGGCAGAAGUCUCCAAUCCACGAGGGCAGCUUGAAGGAGGGCUCUCCGGGGUGGCACAUCAUGCAUGGACUGCCGUCAUCGGCCCAGGUAACUGCUGAUGCCGGUGAGAAAAUGGAAGGUGUUGAGGGAGAGCAGAAGCAGCCGGAGAAGAAGGAGGAUGGUCAAGCGAGCAAGAUCGAGGUGGUAUUUGACGAGAAUCUUGGUCGUGAGAGGAACAAGGAGAAGCUUACUAGAUACCCGGUUCACCCGGAGAACUGGGGCCCGCGGAGCAGAGCUGUUGGGGAGUAG